AUGAGACCCCGCGCCGCACAGAUCAUCGAUGCCGCCCUUGCCGCCUUCCCCUCCUCCCCCUCUCUGGAACUCUGGGACAGAUGGAAGCUUGACCUCACACUCAAUUUCAAACGAUUCUCCAAUCAGGAAACACGGCGCGUAGAUGGCACAAUCGCGCACCUGGAGUACAUUAUUGGAUCUCUACAUGCCCCCCUUUCCCUAGCCGAGAUUGGAAAAGCAAUCCUCUCUCUUUCACGUGGGAAAACCCCCGGCCCUGACGGUCUCCCCGGGGAGCUAUACCGACAAUUCUCCCCGCGCUUCGCACCGGCCUUCCAUUCCCUACUCUCACCAUCACAGCCACUCUCCCGCCUUCCUCCGUCCAUGCUGACCGGACGAACAGUCCUUAUCCCCAAAAGGGGGGACUCUUCGCUUGUGGAAAAUCUCCGCCCCAUCACUCUAAUGAACGCCGACUACAAGGUACUUGCGUUGUGCCUUGCUAACCGCCUUCUGCUCGUCCUCCCCCAGCUCAUCCACCCAUCCCAAACUGCUUUCAUCAAACAUAGAAAAAUCGGUGACACGAUUAACGACACCCUUGACAUCAUGGACUGGGCGGCCUUCUCCUCGUCCCCCCUCCUCGCUCUCACGGUGGACUUCCGCAAAGCCUACGACCUCGUUGAUAGGCCUUUCCUCCUCCAAGCCUUAUCCGUCCUGGGCCUCCCCGCAUCCUUCAUCCACUGGGUCCGACUAAUGCACUCCAACACGUAUACUCGUAUCUCGGUCAAUAAUAGGCUCGGCCCCACCUUCCCCGUCCGCACUGGUGUCCGUCAGGGCUGCCCACUGGCUCCCUUGCUCUUCGUCUGCGUCAUGGAGAUCUUUCAUCGCUACAUGUCCCUCUCCCUCCCCGGCUUCGCCUUGUCCCCCGCACAACGCCGGCUUAUGGCGUGCUACGCAGACGACGUCACUCUCUUCCUCACCUCGGAUAUAGAGCUCGGACUUGCUGCAGUGCUGCUCGGCGUCUUUGGAUCGGUCUCUGGAGAGGUUCCCAACUGGAACAAAUGCUCCAUAAUCCCAUUCAACAUUCCCCCUUCUGACCUCUUAUACGCCGGAAACAUACCCAUCCGAGCUCCCAAUAAAGCCGAACCUGCUGCCGCCUCUAUCAACCCUUCCUCCGCCUAUCUCACCGCGGCGACGCAUCAGCUCGCCGCCUCUCAGUCGGUCCCUGGCCUGCCCUCCGCCUCUGCCUCCCUUUCAGCUGCUGCCACCUCUAUCAACCCCUCCUCCGCCUUUCUGAACGCGGCGACUCAUCAGCUCGCUGCUCGGAUCUCUCCCUCUGCUGCCUAUGUGCAUGUCUCUGUUCCUGCACAGUCCAGGCCCGCCGUUGCACCUGGAUGGACCUCCCUGCCACCUGCUCCCAGUGCUCUCUCACCCUCUACCUCCUAUAUCAAUCCUGAGUUCCACCCAACCAACUCAGGUCAGCCUGGCUCCGGCCUCAUCCCACCAGCCUCCGCAACUCCUGCUGCUGUAGUGGCGCCCCCUGCUACACAAUUGCAGCCGUCCGGACUCCCAUGGACACUUCGUGUGCGCAAACAGAAGUCCGCUCUCCCAGACCCUGGACCAUCACAUGUGGAGGCUGGGUCGGAUGAAGACUCCGACGAUGAUGAGUCUUUGGAGAAUCAAGCUGAGCAUGGUGGUGAACAGCGGCCUGUUGCAACCAGUACUUCGCGAGCCAUUCUUGAGGCCGCGCAAGCUCAAAUCCGACAAAAGGCGCGACGCAUAGCUGAGCUGGAGAAUCAGCUACCUCAGCAAAAAGGCCCUCAUGCUGGCAGUCACGCCAUAGUUCAGCGCCAGGCUAAUUUGCCCAGCCCUUCCCAACAGUUGCCGGUUGCACCCCAGCUUGCUCCUUCAACCACUCGACCUUGCACCCAGCCGAAUGCAACACACCCCCUGAUUUUCUCACCAGUGGUGUGGCCACGAACGCAGGCCGCUUUUAGCCGUGCUGUGGCAAAGGCGCACAUCAAGCGGCAGGCCAUCGACUGCUCUGCAAUGUCGCCACGGCAAUGCGGGUGGUACAAUAACGUCAUCACGGCGUUGGAUGCUUUUCCGGAUGUGCACGAUGACCUUAAGGAAUACGUGGAUGAGGCUCUUGAUAUCAUGUUUUUUGACACCCCAGUCACUGAUUUUACAAUGUGGCCUAGUACCGAACGCCUAGAGGCAGCCUUGCGCAGGGCCCUAGGCCUCACAGAGCCGGAGGAGCAUUUCAUCGUGCGUAUUGUUCUGAAAGCUGACAAAUACAGGAACGGCUACAUCCGUGAUUUGAUUCAAGCGUUUCGCAACGAUGCCUUGACGGAUGGGCGAAAUUGGGUGUACGAUGCCUUCGACUUGCACGUGCCAAGACCGAGGCUUGGUGGGAAGAGAGAAGGCACCCUCACGACCGUGCUGUUCUUGGACCUGUACGCUGAAAGUGAGUAUGACUUUACACUCCUAUCAGACCCCCGCCCCUACCCCACCAAAGUCACAGCCCGGUCCUAA